AUGGAACAACCUCCGGGUUUUGAAGAUUCUCACCGACCCAACUAUGUAUGUAAACUCAACCGUGCACUAUAUAGUUUAAAACAAGCACCACGUGCUUGGUUCCACCGAUUAAGCUCCUUUCUUCUUAAUCGUGGGUUUCAAAACAGUCGAGCCGAUACAUCUUUAUUCGUUUACAAUCACCAAGGUAUUUUAAUUUAUCUCCUAGUUUAUGUUGACAACAUCAUUAUUACCGGGAAUAAUAAUAAAAAUUUCAUUAACAACUUCACAUCAUGCCGAAACAAGGAAUUUAAAAUUAAGGACCUUGGCUCGCUUAAUUUCUUUCUCGGCCUCGAAGUUCAUCACACAAAAGCGGGUCUUUUUCUAAAUCAAUCCAAAUACGCUCAUGACAUCCUCACCCGAGCCGGUUUACUUGACUCCAAACCAAUUGCCACUCCUCUACCAUCCAAAGAUGUUUUCACCGCCCAAGGCCAACCGUUUCAUGAUCCCACUCUUUAUCGCUCCCUUGUAGGUGCUCUUCAAUAUCUGACCAUCACCCGUCCUGAUCUCUCCUAUGCUGUCAACCAAGCUAGCCAAUUGCUUCAAAAUCCUACAACCAAUCAUUUCCAGCUAGUAAAAAGGAUUCUUCGUUAUGUUAAGGGCACUUUAGCACAUGGUUUAACAUUUGAUCGUCCACCUAACACUACUUUAUUAGGUUUUUCAUAUGCAGAUUGGGCUCGAUGUAUCGACACAAGAAGAUCCACAUACGACUAUUGUAUCUAUUUAGGAGGGAACUUAGUCUCUUGGAGCGCUAAAAAGCAACCAACGGUGUCAAGAUCCAGUUGUGAGUCAGAAUAUCGAGCAAUGGCAAACAUGACAGCAAAAAUUAUUUGGUUAACUAACCUUCUUCGGGAACUUCAUGCUCUUCCACCAGGUCGACCGACACUAUUAUGUGACAACAAGAGUGCUUUAUUCUUAAGUCAAAAGCCUAUAUCACACAAAAGAGCCAAGCAUAUUGACAUCGAUUAUCAUUUCGUUCAUGAAUUGGUAACCGCCGGGAAGCUUCAUACUAAAUUCAUCUCAACAGAUAAACAAGUCGUAGACAUUUUCACCAAGAGUUUACCAAAACCGUUAUUUGAAAAAUUUCGAACAACGCUUCGUCUUGGACCACCACCAACUUGCAUUGACGGGGGGUAUUAG